AUGCACCAAUCAUGGAACAGGUGGUGUUCCCUUCGGCGGAUGAUAUUCGCAGUCGCUACUGGCACUUGCGGUGUUUUCAUCUACUUGAUAUGGUUUGGGAUGAACUCAGACCGUGAUAAUGUCCCCCGGCUCCUCACACAACUUAUCCCAGCAGGCCACUGCACCUGCCAAUCAUCCACUUCAUUUCAAUGCGCUGACUGCCUCACCUGUCUCGCCUCGCCACCGCUAUUGGAACCAGAACACCUUACAACUUGGAGUUUCCAGUACGGACGAGACGACCAGAACCUAGGCCUGAGCCAGAGUCAGUGCCAGGCAGCAUUCCCUGGUCUCUCCCAGGACAUCCAGCGAGGGGUCGAGUACUGGAAGUCGCGAGGGGGCAUAUCAAGAGAGGAUCUGAGCACGGUUCCAUUCGAAGAUGGCAUGGCCCGCGCCAUCAUCUCUGAUGGAGACUUGUACGUCGUGGCGACAAGAGCAAAAGGGGAUGACCAUCGGCGUAAGAUACUUGGUACUCUAGGAUCUAUCCAUCGGGCGCUAUCCGCGUCCUCAAAUCGUACCUCGCAUCCCACAAUCGAGUUUAUCUUCUCGAUUGAAGAUCGCGUGGAUGACGUUGACGCGGUCAGCCAUCCGGUCUGGGUGUUAUCGAGGAAAGCAUCCGAGGAGUCGGUCAUUUUGAUGCCCGAUUUCGGGUACUGGUCCUGGGAUAAGAGUAAAAUCGGCCCAUACGGGCAAGUCGUACAGAGCAUCAUGGCCGCUGAAUCCAAUAUGAAAUUCGCGGAUAAAGAACAGAAGCUGGUAUGGCGGGGUAAGUUGAGCUUUGCACCAAAGCUGCGUCGGGCGCUCUUACAUAUCGCACGGGGUAAGCCUUGGAGUGAUGUGAAGGAGUUGGAUUGGAGCAAGAAGGCCAACUUCUUAUCGAUGGUGGAUCACUGUCGGUACAUGUUUAUCGGACAUGUCGAAGGUCGCGCAUACUCGGCAUCCCUUAAAUAUCGACAAGCCUGUCGGUCCGUCGUUGUGGCACAUAAGCUGCAGUAUAUCCAACACCACCACUAUCUUCUCGUGUCGUCCGGUCCGGAACAGAACUACGUGGAAGUCGAGAGAGACUUCUCCGAUCUCCCGAAACGCAUGGAUGAACUCUUGAAGAACCCGGACAAGGCAGAGCGUAUAGCCAAUAACAGUGUCAAAACCUUCCGAGAACGAUACCUAACUCCCGCUGCCGAGGCAUGCUAUUGGAGAGCUCUGUGGGAGGGAUGGGCCGAAGUCUCAGCGAAUGUCACACGCGACGUUGAACGGCCGCCGGUUGAUAGGGGACUUCGGUAUGAAUCUUUUGUGUUGCUGGACAGUAACGAUAUGUUCAAAUAUUCAUUUGGAUCGGAGUAA